AUUUCCAUCAUUUUUAUGUUUGAGUGUGUUUUUCAUUUUGAAUCAGUUUUUUCUUUCGUUUUUUCACCAGGAUUUAUUGAUUCGAAAGAAAAAUUGAUAAAAUUCAUCAUGGAUAAACGUGACAUUGCUAUUGAAGUUAAAAAUGUAUCAUUUAAAUAUCAUAAAUCAAAUGUAUUACAAGAUAUUCAUAUGACCGUACCAAAACGUUGUAUAUAUGCAUUGUUAGGACCAAGUGGAUCAGGUAAAACAACAUUAUUACGUUUAAUGUUAGGUCGUGUAAAAUUAAAUCAUGGUACAAUUGAAAUAUUUGGUCAUAAUAAACCUGGCCAUUAUAAUCGUGUUAUUGGUUAUAUGCCACAAAGCCAAGCAUUAUCACCCGAAUUAACUAUUCGUGAAACAUUUGAUUAUUUUGCUAGCCUUUAUCAGCUUAGUGAAACAAAAUAUCUUGAAGUACGGGAUAAUUUGAAAAAAAUUUUCUGCCUUCCUGAAGAUGAACAAGUUGUUUCAACAUUAUCCGGUGGUCAACAAAAAGCCUUAUCAUUGGCACUUGUUUUUCUUCAUUCACCAAAAUUAGUAUUUCUUGAUGAACCAACUGUUGGUACUGAUCCAGUAUUGGGUAAUCAAAUUUGGACAUUUCUUCGUAAAAAUGCUGAUAAUGGUUUAACUGUAAUUAUUGUAACACAUUAUAUACAAGAAGCAUCGCUUGCUGAUCGUAUUGGUAUGAUGCGUGGUGGCCGAAUGAUUGAAGAAGGAAUGCCAAAAUCAUUGUAUAGUAAAUAUAAUGAAACUAAUCUGGAAACAAUAUUCAUACAUAUUUGUACACAAAAACCAACCGAAAAUGAGAUACAAAAUGAAGUGGAAAAUACACAACGAAAAUUAUCAAUAUUUUUACCAUAUAAACGUAAUAGUAUUGCUAAUGCUAUUAAUAAUCAUCUUCUAGUCGUACCGAAUUCAUAUAUGCGUCGUAAAUCAUCGACAAUCGAUGAAAAUCAAUUGAAUGUUAAAUUGAAUACCAAAUCAUUAUUAUGGUUAUUGUUUAUUCUUAUACGGCGUAAUAUUUAUCAAUUUUUUCAAUCCAAAUUUAUUAGCGUUAUGGUAUUUUCACCAACAUUCUGUACAUUAUUGAUGUGUAUCAUAUUCAAAGUGGAUAUGAUUCGUUUAAAUACGGCCGUUUUUAAUGAAGAUGUUACUCGUCAAUAUAGCCAAGAAUUUCAGAAUCGUGUAAAAAAUUUUAGCCUUUAUCAUGUUAAUUAUAUUCAAUUUGAUUCACUUGAUGAGGCUGUUGAUCAAGUACGGAAUGGUCAUGCAACGGCUGCCAUAUGGUUUCAUUCAAAUUUUUCAUCAGCUUUGAUAAAACGUGCGCUGGCCGCAGUUAAUGCUGAUUCAAAUAGCCAUGAUGAUUCCGUUGAUGAUAGUGUUGAAGAUUAUGUUGAAGAUAAUGAAGCAGAUCCAAUGACAAUCAGUAAUCGAACAUUGGAUGCUAGUACGAUUAAAUUGUUUGCUGAUAAUGCAAAUGCAAUUAUUGCACAACCAUUAUUGGAUCUAUUUAAAUUCGGAACAUGGGAAUUAUAUAAUCAGGUAUUUCGUGAUGAAGGUCAAAUAGCAAUGGCAUCACCAGUGGUUGUUAAAGAAGUUGUUUAUGCUGAUAAUAUUAUACAUGCUGAUUUCUUAUUACCCGGUUAUAUAAUUGGUUUUCUUUAUUUGGCAUUAGUUACAAUUACAUCACAAUUAUUAAUUAUGGAACGUAAUGAUGGAUUUUUUGAUCGUGCUAUUGUUGCCGGUGCUAAACAUUCAUUAAUGUUUUUUUCACAUUUUAUUGCCAAUCUAUUAUUUGCUUUCUUUCAAAUUGUUUUAAUGUUUUUGAUUGGUUUUGCAUGGUAUCGAAUGAAUAAUUUUGGUUCAUAUUCAUUAAUGUUUUUUCUUGUAUUGAUGCAAUCAGCAAGUGCCAUUAUGACAGGAUUACUUAUUUCUGCAACAUGUGAAGUAAAUUUUUCGGCAUUUUUUAUCGCAUUAUCGGUUACAUUAAGUCAAUUAUUUACCAGUGGUGCAUUUUUUCCGAUCGUAUCAUUUGAUCCAUUAAUUAAAUUUUUUCUUAGUAUAACACCAAUUGCUAUGCCUGUUGAAUCAUUACGUAAUGUAAUGUUACGUGGUUGGAAUUUAAAUCAUUUUCAUGUUGUACAUGGAUUAUUGGCAAAUAUUGGUACAACAAUUGUUUUUGGUUUAAUAGCAUUAUAUUUUUUCAAACGUAAAUCAUAAAUCAUAAAUAUUUCAACAAACAACAACAUCAACAACGAAAAAAAACACCCACAAACAUUU